AUGGUACAAGUCUCCAACAUCAAAGUUGUCUUGUUAGAUAUUGAAGGAACCACCACACCACUAUCAUUCGUCAAGGAUAAGUUAUUUGGCUAUGUGAGGAAGAACCUGAGAAUUCAUUUGGAAGAAAAUUUUUCCAAUGACGAGGUGCAAGAAGACAUUAAGGCCAUAAUCACCACAGCGACUACAGCGACUACUGCUACUGCUACUACCACUACCUCUAACACAACUAACAAGAGUACAUUAGUAGAAAAUGUAAUUGAGAUAGUAACAAAGUUGAUGGAUGAAGAUAGAAAAUCUACAUCAUUGAAACAACUGCAAGGUCAUAUGUUUAGACAGGCAUUUCAGUCGAAAGCUGUUGUCGGAGAGAUAUACCCAGAUGUACUGCCGUUCAUACAGUCAGUAAUCAGCAAAGGAUCAAAAGUUGCAAUCUACUCGUCUGGUAGUAUUUUCGCCCAGAAAUUACUCUUUGGUAAUACUGUGAACGGUGACCUCAGUGAACUCAUUACCGAUUACUUCGAUACCACUACUGGCCCCAAAGUUCAAAGUUCAAGUUAUGUGAAGAUUUCGCAACACUUGAACGUAACACCAUCUGAAAUUCUCUUUCUCACUGAUCUAGUGCAAGAAGCGGUAGCCGCUAGGGAAGCGACUUUGCAAGCAGUGUUGGUGGCGAGAGAUGACAGCCGGUCUGUUCAUGACGAUGAGUUAUUACCACGUGUUAAUGAAUUCACCGUAAUAAAAUCCUUCGACAAAAUUAAGAUUAUGACGUCAUAA